AUGAAGCUUUCUGGCAACCACCGCCUGGUUGCAUGGACUGCAGAGAAGGAGCGGGGCUCUGAGAACUAUUGGGUGUACAUUAAGGAGGCGGCCACAGAUCGGAUCUUUCUUGACGAGGUCAUCGGGGGCAGCGUUGCAGGAAUGGAAUUCUCUUCUGAUGGCCAAUACCUGCUAUAUUGCCUGCGUGAUGAUACCAUUCGACCAUUCAAG